UGCCCUAGGCCUCGUGCGGCGGGAGGUGGAGCAGGCUAUCGGCUGAGGGCAGAGUCCUGGAGGGCCUGGCUCUGGGGGAAUGAAGCCUCCGCCUUCCCGGGCAGAAGCCUUUAAAUACGGGCGCUGGCCCGGGACUCAGGGUGCGGCGCCUGGCAGCCUGAGGGAGGGGUGUGCGCUGAAGGGAGAUCUGGCGGAGUAGGUUGAGGGUGCAGAAGCUGCUGCAACCGGGUCGGGAGAAAGGUGCUGUCCGAACGUUCGGAAUAGAAGCGGCCGUGGAGCUCGGGGCUUGGAAGCGUACAGUCAUGUUUGAAAUUAAGAAGAUCUGCUGCAUUGGUGCUGGCUAUGUUGGAGGACCCACAUGUAGUGUCAUUGCUCACAUGUGCCCCGAAAUCAGAGUAACAGUUGUUGAUGUCAAUGAAUCAAGAAUCAACGCAUGGAAUUCUCCUAUCCUUCCUAUUUAUGAGCCCGGACUAAAAGAAGUGGUAGAAUCCUGUCGAGGAAAAAAUCUGUUUUUUUCUACAAACAUUGAUGAUGCCAUCAAAGAAGCUGAUCUGGUAUUCAUAUCUGUGAACACUCCAACAAAAACCUAUGGAAUGGGGAAAGGCCGGGCAGCAGAUCUGAAGUAUAUUGAAGCUUGUGCUAGACGCAUUGUGCAAAACUCAAACGGGUACAAAAUUGUGACUGAGAAAAGCACAGUCCCAGUGCGAGCAGCAGAAAGUAUUCGUCGCAUCUUUGACGCGAACACAAAACCCAACCUGAAUUUACAGGUGCUGUCCAACCCUGAGUUCUUGGCAGAGGGAACAGCCAUCAAGGACCUUAAGAACCCAGAUAGAGUACUGAUCGGAGGGGAUGAGACCCCAGAGGGCCAGAGAGCUGUGCAGGCGCUGUGUGCUGUGUAUGAGCACUGGGUUCCCAGGGAAAAGAUUCUUACCACCAAUACUUGGUCUUCAGAGCUUUCCAAGCUGGCAGCAAAUGCUUUUCUUGCCCAGAGAAUCAGCAGCAUUAACUCCAUAAGUGCUCUGUGUGAAGCAACAGGAGCUGAUGUGGAAGAGGUAGCAACAGCCAUUGGAAUGGACCAGAGAAUUGGAAAUAAGUUUCUAAAAGCCAGUGUUGGUUUUGGUGGGAGCUGCUUCCAAAAGGAUGUCCUAAAUUUGGUUUAUCUCUGUGAGGCUCUGAAUUUGCCUGAAGUAGCUCGUUAUUGGCAGCAGGUCAUAGACAUGAAUGACUACCAGAGGAGGAGAUUUGCUUCUCGGAUCAUAGAUAGUCUAUUUAAUACAGUGACUGAUAAGAAGAUAGCAAUUUUGGGUUUUGCAUUCAAAAAGGACACUGGUGAUACGAGAGAAUCCUCCAGUAUAUAUAUUAGUAAAUAUCUGAUGGAUGAAGGUGCACACCUCCAUAUAUAUGAUCCAAAAGUACCCAGGGAACAAAUAGUUGUGGAUCUUUCUCACCCAGGUGUUUCAGAGGAUGACCAAGUGUCCCGACUUGUGACCAUUUCUAAGGAUCCAUAUGAAGCAUGUGAUGGUGCUCAUGCUGUUGUUAUUUGCACUGAGUGGGACAUGUUUAAGGAAUUGGAUUAUGAACGCAUUCAUAAAAAAAUGCUGAAGCCUGCCUUUAUCUUUGAUGGACGACGUGUCCUGGAUGGGCUGCACAAUGAACUACAAACCAUUGGCUUCCAGAUUGAAACAAUUGGCAAGAAGGUAUCUUCAAAGAGAAUUCCAUAUGCUCCUUCUGGUGAAAUUCCAAAGUUUAGUCUUCAGGAUCCACCAAAUAAGAAACCUAAAGUAUAGACAUUGCCAUUUUUAUUUAUGAUUAUUUUGGUACUUCAGGAUAGCAAAUAUCUGAUAUUAAAUGGUAAAGAAUCAAGCGUUUUUAAGGAAACAAACUUAUUUUUUUAAUCAUCAAAUUUAUACUAGUUAUAUGAGUAUUAGCAUAUCUGGUAAUUAUGAAUCUAUAAUAUUUUUUACAUAUUUUUAUAUUAUUAGCUCAGUUAUUGGAUGAAUGGAAAAUAAUCAUGUUGGUUUUAACAGUGUCAAUUUUUGUAAAAUCAAAAUUAAACUUCAAACACCUUUUAUUUUACAGAUUAUCACAGUCAGCACUUUAAUAUCACAUUGUAAAGUCAACCUGGUUUUCCUAGGCAUUGGUUUAUGUGCUUGUCGUUGUGUAUUUUGAAGCCAUCAAAUUACUAUGCUAAGUAGCCUUGAUAAGUAUGGUCUGUUUAAAAGUUCCUUGUUCAUUUUGUUUCAAUGAGAAUAACAUUGAUUAUUUUUCACCCCAAAAGAUCAUCGCUGUUCAUUUCCAUAUAGUCUUUAACUUGAGGAGUUCUUUAUCCAUCUCUCUUAAAUUUAACAUGAGAAAAUCAGUAGUAUGGUCUAUUUCUAUUUGUCAGAUUUCCUUAUUGAAUAUUACUUUCGUAGUCUAAAAGUCAAAAACGUUUGUUACCUUUAUUUUGCAUUUUUCUAUUCUUAAUUUUAAUUUUUCUUUAAGUAAAAAAAAUAUAACUUCAUAUAUAAAAAUGAAAAGAUUUUACAAAUUACAAAUAGCAUCAUUCAAAAACAAGAAUUUUUGUGUGUAUUCCUAUCCGCUUUUUUCCUAUGUCUCUUGUUGACUUUUAUAUCUGCAAUGGUUGUUUUUGCUUAUGUUUGAUCAUUAUGAAAGUAUGUAGUAUAUACAUUUGAUGUCAUAUACAUUUGUGCUCUGCUCAGAGUGUGCAAACUGUGUUAAACAUACAUAGGUCUGAACAUUUGGGGGUUCAGUAAGAUGAGGGAGUCAAAUGUAAAGAUGAGGACAGAAACAUCUGUACAGAUAACAAAUAUAUAAAUUAGACAUCAA